ACAACAGAAAGGUUUAAACAAUGCUCACUUAUAGAUGCUGCAAGCAUUACGCUUCUUCAAGCAAUGGGUGGACGCGUCCUAGCAGAGGAGAUGCUGGGGUUAGGAAACAACUAUUUCAUUGGUUUUGUGAAUGAUUCUGUUUCCAAAUGCAUUGUGGCAUUACGCUUGACUGUCGUAGUAAAAGUCAGCAUGUGUUUGCCUGGAGGAAUUCAGUCUGAUGGUCUUCAGUGUUCUGGGAAAGGAAAAUGCAUUACAAGAGAGUCUGAGGCAACAUUUUUCUGUGACUGUGACCAUGAAUACCUGGGUGGUUUCUGUGAAGAAUUUAAUGCCUGUCAAAGCAGCCCUUGUCAGAAUAAUGGAACCUGCAUGGAUAUGGCAGAAAAACAUAUUGGAAACAAUUUCUCCUGUACUUGUCUUCCUGGAUAUACUGGGGAAAUGUGUCAGUCAGCGAUUGACUAUUGCACUCAGCAGCCUUGCCAGAAUGGAGGGACCUGCUAUUCUAGUAGCGGUGGAUUCCAUUGCCAAUGUCCAGAAGGAUUCCUGGGACCAACCUGUGCAGACAAAGUUGAUUACUGUGCUUCAUUUCCUUGUAAGAACAAUGGAACCUGUUAUACAGAUCGACUCUCCUAUUCUUGCAGCUGCAGUCCAGGUUUUACAGGACCUACCUGUGCCCACCUGAUUGACUUCUGUGCUCUGAAUCCUUGUGCUCAUGGCAUUUGUCGCAGUGUUGGAACAAGUUAUAAAUGUCUCUGUAUUCCAGGUUACCAUGGUCUCUAUUGUGAGGAGGAAUAUAAUGAGUGUCUUUCAGCCCCUUGUCAGAAUGGAGCUACCUGCCGAGACCUUGUCAGUAGCUAUGACUGUGUAUGUCUUCUUGAGUAUGAGGGAAGACACUGUGAAUUAUACAAAGAUCCUUGUGUAAACAUCAGCUGUCAGAAUGGUGGGACUUGUGACAGUGAAGGGCUAAAUGCUACCUGUAUCUGUGCACCUGGAUUUACAGGUGAAGAAUGUGACAUCAAUGUAAAUGACUGUGAAAGUAACCCCUGUCACCAUGGGGGACUGUGCCUAGACCAACCUAAUGGAUAUAGCUGCCAUUGUCCACGUGGAUGGGUUGGUGCAAACUGUGAAAUACAUCUACAGUGGAAGUCAGGGCAUGUGGCAGAGAGUCUGACAAAUAUGCCUCGGCAUUCUCUUUAUAUCAUAAUUGGAGCUCUGUGUGUAGCAUUUGUCCUGAUGCUGAUCAUUCUAAUUGUGGGGAUCUGUCGCAUCAGUCGUAUUGAAUACCAAGGUUCAUCUAGGCCAGCCUAUGAAGAAUUCUACAACUGCAGGAGCAUUGAUAGUGAAUUCAGUAGUGCUAUUGCUUCUAUCCGACAUGCCAGGUUUGGAAAGAAAUCUCGCCCUGCAAUGUAUGAUGCAACUCCAAUUGCUUAUGAAGAUUACAGUCCUGAUGACAAGCCUUUGGUCACACUGAUUAAAACAAAAGAUUUGUAAUCUAUUUAACAGUUGUUUUGGGGGAGGGGAUUAUUUUUCAAAAGGAUGGGCUACUGAAUUAAUUCAAUAUUUUUAAGAUGAAGCAAGUGUAAGAAAUUUAAAAUGUUUAGCUGCUCCAGAAUUUUCUGUAGAUUAUUUAAGAACAGGUUUUCUGCAGCUUUUUGUUUGAAGGAAAUAUUUUAAACUGAAUUUGUGAAAUUUAUUAUUUCUUUUACUGUACUUUCAGCAUUAGAAACUCUAAUCUUAACAGUAGUGUGCUGUUGCUUUUACCAACCUCAGAUCAGUACAGGCAGAAUAUGAUAUGUUAAGCAAUGAAAAAUUCUCCUUAAUGUAACAGUGGCAGCAUUCUUAGUAGACUUAGGAAAAAUGUAAAACUUGAUAUAUUCAUUAUUGAAAAAUGAAGUCCGAAAUGUUUGUGUUUGUGAAAAGGAAUUUAGUAAAAAAUAUUAUUCUUAAACUGAAUGAAUUAGCUUUCUCCCUCUUUUGUGCAUGGAUAACCUUUCUGUAUUAUGUUCCUGAAAUCUGCUAAAACUUUGCCUUGAGUUGAUGUUUGUCAUUUUUGUAAUGGUAUUCAAGGUAAGCUUUGUAAAAAUAAUAUGUCAUUGAAGUGCCUAUUAAGGCAAAAAAGGGGUG